CUCCCACUAGUACGACUAGGAAAGAUAUCAAAAUGGCUCAUUAUAAACUUUUGUCAGUUGGAUGUUUAUAUUUUUUCAUUUGUCAGUGUUUUGCAGCGAUUGUGAAUUCCGGUGCGCAUCCUCACUUUAGUUACAACUCUUUCCGCCGUUACGGACCCAUCAACUGGUUUCGGAUCUGGUCUUCGUGUGCGGGAGAUCGACAGUCCCCAAUAAACAUCGACACCGCAAGUACGUCCAUCAAUGAAACCAUGCACAUACAUUACGACCACUUAAGCAGGACGAUUCCUGGGAAACUCACCAACAAUGGUCACGUGCCAGUGUUUUCGUUUGCGGAUCAGCAGAGGCCGGUACUGACGGGGGUCCCUCAUCAUGAACAUGACAGGUACCUGCUGGAACAAAUACAUCUUCACUUCCAGAAGGACAGCCGGACAGGAUCGGAGCAUACGGUGGACAAACAGUUCUACUCUGGAGAGUUCCACCUUGUCCACUACAACAGUAAAUACGGCAACUUUAGCGCUGCAGUGAAGCAGCCGGAUGGCCUCGCUGUCAUCGCUGUUUUCCUCAAGGACCUGGGUCGACCUGCCCCAAUGCAUGUCGAGGAGCUGUUGGUGGAGACGGAAGAGACGCACUCUGCCCAUGCCUCGCUUGCUUUGACCAUCAACCCGAGCGAAUUCCUGCCAGAACGAUGCGAAUUCUACACCUAUCCAGGUUCCCUGACCACGCCAGGUUGCGAAGAGUCCGUCACGUGGAUCGUCAUGGCAACACCGAUGUCCAUUCCCGAUGUCGACAUGGACAGGUUACGGGAGAUGAAGGAUAUUCACGGGAACCCCAUCGCCCAGGACGGCAACUGUAGGCCCCGACAACCUCACGGAGCCAGGAUUGUGGAGGCCAACUUUGCCGCCAAAACUGGUCAUAAAAAGCUGGCGUACACCACUACGUCGUUGUCAGAGAAGAACAGUGAUAGUUUGGCAGAGAAGGAAGGACACUAGUGAUCGCUUGGUUGGUCACGGAAGGACAAGUUAUAGUUUGGGUUAUUCUCGAGUGGAUAUUUGUAAGUCACGGAAAGACAAUAGUGUCGUUAAAUUCAUGGAAGGGCCAGUGGUCACGAUCCUCAAUGAGAGCAUUCUUAAUAUUUUAAAUUAUAUUUAUAUUACUUUGUACAAAAACAGUGGAUAGUGCAAUCUUGUUUUCAAUAAACUAUUUUAUGUUGCCACGAA